AUGAGUGAAUCUCCUCUUCAAGAAAUUGUCGAAGAAGACAACGUUAGUCAGACGUCCGACGACAAUGAUGUCGAUUUUGACAUUGUCGAUGUCCCUGUGGAAGACGACGGUGUUGACGAAGUUGAAGCUCAAGCAUACAUUGAUGUUGGUGUUGAGGCAGAUCCAUCACUGAAUGAAUAUAUCAAUGAUCAAAAUCGAGAUGAAGAGUUAUAUGAUCCUAUCUUUGACUCAGUAAGGGGACUCAGUGAUGAUGAAUUAGAUGAAGAUGAAUUGAGAAGUAUACCUAGUGAAGUCGAUAGUGAUGUAAAUGACCUGGAUGGUGGCAAUCAUUUUCCUGCAUACAUUCCUCUCAAAGAUAUGGGUAAUUUCAACUGGGAAAUUGGCAUGGUUUUUAACUCUAGGCAACAAUUUGUUGAAGCUGUAUCAACAUAUGCAGUUUAUUGUGGAAGAAGAAUGAAGUGGGACAAGUUGGACCAUACAAGGGCUAGAGUAAUUUGUUAUUCUUCAUGCAAGUUUAUGUUAUAUGCGUCGAAGAUCACAAAUGAGGAAACUUGGCAAUUGAAAUCUGCUAACAUUGUUCAUAGCUGUACGAGGAGUCAAAAGGUUAGGAUGUUGAAUUCAAGUUGGCUUGUAAUUAAAUUAGUUCCUAUGUUGAGGAGGAACCCCAAAUUGAAGUUGAGAGAAAUAAUUAUGAAGGUUCAAGACAAAUAUGUGGCAAGUAUUAGUCUUGGUCUUGCUGCCAGAGCAAAGAAAAAGGCUAUGGAUGUAGUUCAAGGGGGUCAUAAAUUACAAUUCAAAAGGCUGCAUGAUUUCUGUGGUGAGGUGCUGAGAUCAAAUCCUGGAAGCUCAUGUAGUGUAUCUGCAAUUUCAAAUCUUUAUGAUGCACCAUCAAGAACUUUGAUGCCAGUGUUUGAAAAUAUAUACAUAUGUCUAGAAGCAUGUAAAAAAUCGUUUGCUUCUUGCAGGCCAAUAAUAGGAAUAGAUGGUUGUUUCCUUAAAGGAGUUUAUGGAGGGCAAUUGCUUACUGCAGUUGGUAGGGACCCUAACGAUCAAAUGCUCCCUAUUGCUUUUGCUGUAGUUGACAAAGAAACUAGGGCAACAUGGAGAUGGUUUCUUGGAAGACUACUUGAAGAUAUUGGGUCACACAGAGAGAAUAGAUGGACUUUUGUUAGUGACCAACAAAAGGGACUAGGUUUAGUUCUGGACGAAGACCUACAAGGUGUGGACCACAGAUUCUGUGUUAGACACAUGUAUCAAAAUUUCAAGAAAGUCUUCCCAGGGCUGCAGUUGAAAGAGCUAAUGUGGAGGGCUGCUAGGGCAACAUAUCCACAAGAGUGGCUUAGAGUCAUGAGAGAAAUAGAACAAGUCAACAAUAGUGCUUUUGCAAGACUCAUGGGUACUGAACCUAGAUUCUGGACCAGAUCCCAUUUUAAUGGACACCCUAAGUGUGAUACUUUGGUAAACAAUAUGUCUGAGACAUUCAAUAGUGUCAUUCUGGCUGCAAGAGAGAUGCCUAUUGCUUCAAUGUUGGAAGCAAUAAUUAAUUAUCUUAUGUCUAGAUGGGCUGAUAAUAGAGAAAAGAUUCAGAGUUUUAAAGGUAUUGUUCUGCCUAGGAUACAGAAGAGGCUUGAUAGGAAUUGGAAUGAUAGUGGCAGAUGGAUUGCAAGGUGGGCAGGAAGAGGAAAAUUUGGGGUGACUAACAUGCAAGAUACAUUCACUGUUGAUUUAGAUGAGAAAGAGUGUAGUUGCAGAUUAUGGGACUUGACAGGCAUUCCAUGUAGUCAUGCAAUUAGUUGUAUAAAUUUCAAAGAAGAAAGUGUUGAGAGUUAUGUACCGUCAUGCUUCAAGAAGGAUGCAUAUGAACUUUGUUAUUGGCCACUUAUUCUGCCAAUGAAUGGCCCUAAAUUAUGGGAAAACACUGGUAUGCCUGAUAUAUUGCCUCCACCAAUCUGUAAAAAACGUGGGAGACCAAAGAAGAAAAGGAGACUAGGAGAGGUUGCUCUACAGACAUACCAUCUUCUUCUUCAACUCAGAUUGAAGAAAUGGGGGCAGACAACAAUAUAG